UACCUCAGGAGUCAGCGAAACACUCGUCACUGACUCACUGUGUUCGUAAUUCAUCCCCCUCCCCCGUAAAAUUAGAAUCUAAGUCAACCCGAUUGAAUGGCACCAGCAAUCCUACAGGCACUGAGGCCACUGUUUCGCCAGCACAGAACAACCAGAUUCCUCAUAUCUCGGAACCCUGCAGAUACAUGGACCACGCAGAAGAACAACAAUGGUACUAGUAGUCCUGCUAGACUCGCCCAUCUCCAUCUUCCUCGCCAUCAUCUUGUUCAUACUCUUCUUUCGCUUUGCCCUCGUCUUCUUCUUCCUUGUCCUCCUCUUCAUUUUCUGCUCCAACUUCGUUCACCUCCUUUUCGACAUUUUCUGCCUGUCAUGACCACUCCUAAGGCCGCCGCUCAUGACUCCACCCAGCCCUCAACCAAAACGGUGAGGGUUGUGAUAAAGGGGCAGGUGCAGGGGGUGUUCUACAGGAACUGGACGGUGGAGAAUGCCACCCAACUGGGGCUGAAAGGUUGGGUGCGGAACAAGAGGGAUGGUACUGUGGAAGCUCUGUUCUCUGGGAGCCCUGAUGUGGUACAGGAGAUGGAGCAGAGGUGUCGCCGGGGUCCACCAGCUGCGGUGGUUACCGGGCUCGAAGUUUCUCCUAGCAGUGUUGAUCCUGGAUCUAGAUUCGAGCGCAAACAAACAGUCUGAUCAAUCUAUGUAAAAACAUAGUAGUCAUUUGCUGUGCUAGUACUAGAUAGUGACUCAACUUCGCCUGCAGGAUGAUAAGUAAUGCCUGGAGAAAGAGCCAUUGCGUAUGUCCUUUUUGUCCUGCCUUCCGUAUAAACUGUUCCUCUUUAGGUCCCCAUUAUUGCAGAUAAGGAAAAAAUAUCAUGUCAAUGAUAUUAAGAUACAGCUAAUUCCGUCCCAAAAAGGGGUGCAUUGAAAAUGACCAUUGAUGCUGUAGCACAUGCGAUUGUUCCACAAUGAAGCUUAGAAUUCGGAUUUCAUCUGCCAUUCGCAUUUGAGAUUGAAUGUAUAUAUAUAGUACCCCUUUUUGCUGGUGGAAGAACAUGGAAAACUUCUUGCUAUUUUGGAGUCAUAACCUGAAAAUGGCUAAGCCUGGAGAUUACUGGGGAGUAAGGAAGGGAAGCAGGGGAAUCCUGAGGUCCAUUAUAGGAAAGCUGCAAACUGGUCUUUCAGUGUUUAAAGUAAAGGGGUGAAGCAAGGCUACUUUGUGGUUGUUGCAACUGAAGACUGGAAACCAGAGAGGAUUGUCAUCGAUCUGGGUUAUCUCUACAAUCCUGAGUUUUUAAAGCUGUUGAAACAGGCUGAGGAAGAAUUUGGCUUUUCCCAGGAGGGAACUCUUGCAAUUCCUUGUCGACCAGAUGAACUGCACAGAAUCAUU